AUGCAAUUUGUAGUUGACUUGGGCGACAAUUUCCGGGGUCGACCUUUCAUAACGGCCGUAAAAAGCUCGCCGGUCGAGGCGGCUGAGGAGCUAAACUGUAACGAUUUCUCGGCAAAAUGCCGCUGGCGAACGGUCGGCCAUGCUUCGGAGAUGUGGCAAGUAGCUGAUGAGUCACCAAGUAGCGAUUUGAUGUUCAAUGCAACCGGCGCUCUUCCGGUUCCUGAAGCACCUUUUCUGUUCAUGUAUAUCGAGCAGAAUCGAUUUGGGCCAUUCAAUGUUUUGCAGUCCGAUCCAAUUGGUUGCCAAACUGAAAAUCCGUCCAAAAUCACCUUCAGAUUUUGGACAACUCGUGAUGUGGUUCUGGAAGUAUGCGCCCGGGAUCAUUUGCUGAAUGUAUUAGAAUGCCAUCCGGUCACAAUGGACUUGUCACCAGCUCCUUUUAGCAUCAAAUUCAGCAAGCUACCAACAUUUACAGUAACUUUUAAAUUUAUCCACUGA